AUGGAGUCACUGAUCAAGUCCCAGCACGCUCAGAAACUGGCCGGUAAAACUCCGGCGAUGGAGAUGAUACCGGCGACGACGGGGCUAACCAUGUCAUCGGACGACAGCAUGAUGCUGAAAGUGAUACAACACACUCAUUCCCCUGAUGCUCGCGAAGUACAAGUGCGUGGCCUUCUCUCUCUCGUUGAAGAUAUUCUCGAUCGUGCCACUCUUGACUCCGACGACUCCAACGCCUCCAUGCUUCCAUUGCCUACGGAGGAUAAACUUAUGCAAUCAAGCGUGAUGAGCGUUCUCGAUAACGUCUCUUAUGCUAUCGAUCGUGUUGCCUGCGAGAUUGCUUACAAGUCUCUGACGGGAUCAGACGCGCACGAAAUAACAAUGUCAGUGUUUGAACACCUCUCUAGCUUCCAUUGGGACGCCAAGCUUGUCCUGACUCUAGCCGCCUUCGCGUUGAACUACGGAGAGUUCUGGCUUCUGGUCCAGUUCUACUCAAAGAACCAGCUGGCUAAGUCCCUAGCUAUGCUGAAGCUGGUCCCUGUUCAGAACAGAGUCACCCUCGAGUCUGUCUCCCAAGGGCUCAACGACCUCAUCCGAGAGAUGAAGAGCGUCACCGCUUGUGUUGUGGAACUCAGCGAGUUACCUGAUCGUUACAUUACACUGGACGAUCCUCAGCUUUCGAGAAUCAUCUCUACAAUCCCAAUUGCUGUUUAUUGGACCAUAAGAAGCAUCGUGGCUUGCAUUUCUCAGAUCAACAUGAUCACUGCCAUGGGACACGAGAUGAUGAACACCCAAAUGGAUUCAUGGGAAACAUCCAUGCUAGCUAACAAGCUCAAGAACAUUCAUGACCAUCUCUCUGAGACCUUGAGGCUUUGCUACCGUCACAUUGAGAAGCAGAGGAGCACAGAAUCCUUAAAGAUGUUGCAUUCUCUAUUCGACACCACUCACAUUGAUAACAUGAAGAUUCUCUCGGCCUUGAUUCAUCCCAGAAACGACAUGACCCCAUUGCAAGAUGGUUUGACCAAGAGAAAGGUUCACUUGGAUGUGUUGAGGAGGAAGACAGUGUUGCUGCUCAUCUCUGACCUCAACAUACUGCAAGAUGAGCUGUCGAUAUUCGAGCAAAUAUACACAGAGUCAAGGAGGAACUUGAUGGGAGCCGAUGGUAAGAGUCAUAUGCCUUACGAGGUUGUGUGGGUUCCCAUCGUCGAUCCUAUCGAAGCUUACGACAGAUCUCCCAUUCUUCAGAAGAAAUUUGAGGCUCUCCGUGCACCUAUGCCAUGGUACACAGUGGAUAGUCCUCGGCUGGUAGAGAGACAUGUGGUGGAGUUUAUGAGAGAGAGAUGGCAUUUCAUGAACAAGCCCAUUCUUGUAGUGAUUGACCCACAAGGCAACGAGGCUAGUCUCAAUGCGCUUCACAUGAUCUGGAUUUGGGGAACUGAAGCUUUCCCUUUCAAUAGAUCUCGUGAGGAAGAGCUCUGGAGGAGGGAGACUUUCUCUCUUAACCUCAUCGUUGAUGGCAUCGACUCUAUCAUUUUCAACUGGAUAAACCCGGAUAAUUACAUAUUCUUGUACGGAGGAGAUGACUUGGACUGGAUAAGGAGAUUCACAAUGGCGGCCAAAGCAACGGCCAAAGAUUCCAACAUCAAUCUGGAGAUGGCUUACGUCGGAAAACGAAACCACAGCCACAGGGAACAGAUCAGGCGCAUCAGUGAAUCUGUCAAGGCUGAAAAUCUCAGCCACAGCUGGACCGAGCCUGCCUUGAUGUGGUUCUUCUGGACUAGGCUCGAGAGCAUGUUGUACUCCAAGAUCCAACUCGGUAAAGCCGAUGAUCACGACGAGGUGAUGCAAGGAAUCAAGAAGAUACUGAGCUACGACAAGCUAGGAGGGUGGGCACUGCUGAGCAAAGGGCCUGAGAUAGUGAUGAUCGCUCACGGUGCCAUUGAGAGGACUGUCAGCGUCUACGACCGCACCUGGAAGACCCACGUUCCCACCAAAGGCUACACCAAGGCAAUGUACGACCACCACCACGACGAGAUUCUCCGUGAAACCGGAAAACCAUGCGGCCAUUUCGAUUUCCACAUCACUGCUCGCAGCGGCCGCAUUCCGGACAAGAUGAACUGCUUCGAGUGCCAACGCCCCAUGGAGAAGUACAUGAGCUUCGCUUGUUGUCACGAUGAUAAGCUUCUUGACCAAGACGAGAACUACAACUUCUAA